UUGUUUUUGAUAUUUAUAAUGCAUACUUGUUGGCUUUAAUCGUAAUAUGUCAAAUCAGAAUGAUAAUCAAAAGGAGGAGCAGGAGCCAGAACCUGAAUAUACUCCUGCUGGUCGAGCUCUAAAAGCAAAGUUUGCCAAGCUCCGUGCUAGACAAAAAGAAAGGCUUGCACAGAGAAAUAUGACUGAUAGAUCUCAUCAUAUUGAGGGACAGUUUGGGCCCGAGUCACUUCCUCCAUUCCCGGACACUGAUGCCAAGGAAGGGGAGAAACCAGUUGAUCCUGUCAGAGAACAGGCUUUAGCAAUUGAAUUGGCGAAUAAAAAACUUGAUCAGCCAUCAGAACCAUCAAAAAACAAGAGCGACUCAACUCUCAGGCUGGGGAGACCCUCAAAACCAGGUCACAGAAGUAUCUUGAGCGGUCUGGACCUUUCUGUUAGCUCCCCUGGGCCUUUUGCAUCUGAUGUUUUUCUCCAUGGCCCCCAGUUCCAGAUCACAAGAUACAGUAAUUCAGGGCCUCCCAGCAAUCUGUUACCAGUUCUGGGACUUUGUGCUCCAAAUGCUAGUCAACAAGAUUCAAUACAUAGGAAUUUUCAGCCCUAUACCCUUCCAAGAUCAAACUGUGGCCAAAGCAGUUUAGGAUUGGGUUUUUUAGAAUUUCCUUUUCAUCUAGCCCCUGGUGCUGGAACAUCAAUUAACACAGACAUAAAAAGCCGAGAGAGUGUUGCAGAUGCAUGUUCACUGUCAGAUUCACUCUCAGAUGUCUUGCAAUGUCGAGCCAAGGGUAGCAUCCCAGAUUACUUUCCAUUUAAUCUGUGUCCUCUAGCAAGCACACGAGGAAGAUGCCCUGAUCCUGUUGGUAUUUCAGAUUCUUCUUUCUCUGCCUUUCAAGAAAAGAUGGCACUGCAAAGCUUGGCUGUUAAUGAGAGCCAUUUGCCACAAUUUUCACAUCGAGCUAAGAAUGUGCCAAGAUACCAUCCUGACUUCUUACCUAGCUUGUCUCUGGGCACGAGAAAUGAAGUUCUAAAUGACUCAUUGCAAGAUCUCCCCGCAAUGCCAUUGUUGCCAAAUUUGAGACCACCAGAGGAACCGAAGUAUAAUCCCCUGGUAAGAGAGGUGCCUCCCACCUUAGGGAUGGGUCAGGUGCAGUCCUUGUAUUCCUCUUUACCAGAGAAGCAUAAGAAGGUACUAGAUAACAUAAUGACAAGGACAGGAUCUGGAUCAAAUAACUUGUUCAAAAAAGAGAUUAAAGAUAGAUGCUUGGUCUGAAGAUGAACUUGAUGCUCUCUGGAUCGGUGUUCGUCGGCAUGGUCGGGGUAACUGGGAUGCCAUGCUCAGAGAUCCAAAACUUAAGUUCUCCAAAUUCAGAACAUCUGAAGAUUUGUCAGUGAAGUGGGAGGAGGAACAACUCAAGAUCUUUGAUGGAACAUCAUUGACAUUGUCAAAAGCAGGCA